AUGAAUUUCUACAUUCAGGCAGCAGAAAUUCUUAGUAAACUCCAGCAUCACGAAGGGUCUAUAAAGUCUUUAACCUUUAGUGAUGAUGUCAAAGAUAAGAAAAGAAUGUACGCCAUUGUGUGUGAAACGUUAAAGUAUACGGCCUCACUCACAACAAUAAUCAACAAGACUAAUCUUCUCGCUCAAGAAAAGAGGCUAUAUCAUAAUCUUGCUUUGGUAUUACUUCACGAUCUUCUUUUUACUGAUCAUGGAAUUCAAGCAUCAGAUGGCAUAUAUAAAAGAGCUGUUAUAAAACACGAAAUUCAAUUAAGAGCCGAGUUAGUGAGAUUGAAAAUCCGUAAGCGUGUUAAAAGCAAUGAAGAGUUGAUACCGAAGGACAUUAGAAACAGUGGAAAUAUACCGCGUUACGUACGUGUAAACAUCUUAAAGACCAAUGUUGAAGAAAUUAUUAAGCAUUUUUGUGAGCAGGAUGGAUAUCGGUGUAUCGAUGAACCUACUGAUUUAACGGACUUAAGGCAAACUAUUAAGAGGGAUGUCCAUAUUCCAGAACUCCUUGUCUUCCCACCUAAUACGGAUCUUCACGAUCAUGGGCUUCUUUUGUCGGGGCAUAUAAUACUUCAGGACAAAGCAUCUUGCUUUCCAGCCUACAUUCUCUCACCGCCGAAAGACGCGCAUGUAAUUGAUGCAUGUGCCGCACCAGGAAAUAAGACUACUCAUUUAUCAGCCAUUAUGAAAAAUACUGGGAAGAUAUGGGCAUUUGACAUUGACAGGAAGCGAUUAGACCUCCUAAAGACUUUGACCGAACGAGCUGGAUACAUCGAAGCUAUUCAUUGUUCUUUCUUGAAUGUGGAUCCGAAGGAUGACAAAUUUGCAAAUGUUGAAUAUAUUCUUUUGGAUCCUUCUUGCUCGGGAAGCGGGAUUGUAAGCCGAUUGGAUUGUUUGAUAGAUUCGCUGGAGAACAACCUCGUGUCAAACAAAGAGCAAAAGACAUGUCAUCCAAAAGAUGCACGGUUACAACAUCUGAGUGAAUUCCAAACUCAACUGAUUCUUCAUGCAUUCAAAUGUACUUAUUUAUCACGAGUCCCUUCCGUUAAAAAAGUCACUUAUUCGACAUGUUCGAUACAUGCUGAAGAGAAUGAGCGCGUUGUUAAGGAAAUAUUACAGACGACGGAUGAUUUCGUUCUCGCUGAUAGGGACAAAGUGAUUCCCUCCUGGGAGCGAAGAGGUGAUAAUAAUGAGUUGGCUGAAGACACAGCGCAAAAGCUUAUCCGUACAUCCCCAGAGGAUUCAACUAACGGAUUCUUCGUAGCCUGUUUCGUAAGGAAAGUCAAGCAAUACGGUUCUAAUAUCAAUAAGCGGGAACGACAUAAGGGCGAUGAAGAAUACAUGCGAGGAAUAUAUCCUCCUGAAGAUUUCAAAAUGGUUAAGAGAUAUGGACUCAAUAUACUUGUGUCUGCUGAUGAGAAUGUUAAGAGUUAUUUAAAAAAGGUCUUGUCGCAGGUCGAAGCCUGGUUAAUGGCGAAGAAAAUAAGUAAAUUGGUUCUGGCUAUAAUAUCAUGCGAUACUCGUCAGACUCUGGAGAGGUGGCAAUUUGAUGUACACGUUGUCAAGGACAACGAGACUGAAGAGACUUCAAGAGGGAUCGUGAAAGCAAGAAAUGAGGUCAAUGCAGAAAUACAAGCGAUAAUAAGACAGAUUACGGCGAGCGUCACUUUCCUUCCCUUGUUAGAAGACAAAUGUACAUUUAAUAUUCUCGCAUUCACUGACAAAGACGCCGAAGUUCCGAAUGAUUGGGGAGAUUCUGAUGCACACUUAAUUCAGAACGCGGAGCAAGUCCGCUUGCGUUCAUUUUCUACCGACUUUCACAAAAUUGAUGCUAUGGUUGCUUAUCGACUUGACGAAGAAGGAAUAUAA